UCAGUCAACCGCCAACCCUCGUCGCGAUCCGUGAUGUAAACAAUGCACAUGACCAAAGUCUCCUGUUUACUCUUAGUGUUACUGUGUUGUGAACUGUGUUCAUCAAUAAAGGUCCCAGUCUCAUGGGACGAAAGUGCUUCAAGUGAAGUGACUCAUGAACCGAUCAAAGAAUCAGUGGAGAUAAUCGUACCACAAAAUGUGCCCGCCGAAAAACCGUCGUAUUACAAGCCAGUCCCGAUCGAAUACUUCGAAUAUACCGCGCAAAAGCCCAAGUUUGCUGCUGAUAUAGCCGCCUUCCAUGGAGUUCAAAAUCCUCAAGAACAUUAUAAAGCCUAUCCAGUGAAACCGUUUACGGGUAAAGCAAAACCUGUCUUAGGAGUUCAUAAAAUUCUAGAUGAAAAGAAUACUGCUUUUCAACCUUUUCAAAAUUAUGUGCAACAGAAUGGUCCUUUGCAAAGUUACGUGAAACCGACUGCAAGUAAUUAUGAGGUAUUCCAUCCCUAUCAGGCAGAAGAACCAGCAUUAGAAGCUAUUUACAAAGAUCCAGUGCUUGCAAAAAUUAGGAAUGAUUUACAAGAUAGCAAAAACAGACUACAAAAUUAUGAAAAAGAGGCUGGUGAACCUGAUAUUGCUAAAGAUGAAUAUUUGGAAAGUCCAGAAAAAACUGACAGCAAACUUUUUACACCUCAAAAUAUACCUGCACAAUAUGAAAUUCACAGACCUCAAAGAAAACCUAUAUAUUACGGAAGGCCAAUCCAUGAUCCCACUAGAAAUAAUUUACUAAAUAAAAGAUUUAGACAUCCUUGGAAUCAACAGGCGAAAAUUAGACCAGCUCACUACCGCCCGCUACAUCACCAUAUUUUAAAUUUACGUGAACAGCAUGCAAUGAAAUAUGACGAUGAACGAAAUGAAUAUCCUCAAGUAGCAACAUCUUCAAAUGUUGCCGAGCCCCAAGAAGGUUAUGACAUAUAUGAAAAGGGUAGAAAUAAAUAUGAACGAUUAAGAAACAAUCUCGAUGAAUCGGUGAACAAUAUUGCACAACAAAAUCGACCAGCAAAUUACCAAAAAUUAGAACUUCAACAACAGGAACCUUCAGAUGAAAAAGAGGAUGAAGAAGAUGAGUUUAUUCCUGUGAAAAACUACGCUCAAGUCAGGAAAACAGAAACUUACAAGCACUUGCCCAAAAAAGCUGCUUUUGAUGAUGCAGAGACCUACGAAGAAAUCAUAAAUGCACCACGGUUAAGAGAGGCAGUAAAGAGUACAAAAGCGCAAACCGUAUACAGCGAAGAAGGCUACGAAGAUGCCGCUUACGACCAUGCUGGAGAACAGAAACAUGCUUCUGACCACGAAGGACAUGGAGGUUUUCUCAAAGAGCACGAGAAAAGUCGUGGGUUAUACAAAAUUCCCACUUUUAGUGGAAAAUAUUCCGACGGUCGAGGUUUGGCGUAUAGAAAUAACUUGGAACAUGGCAAGAAAUGGAAGAAUGAUAACAAAGAUGAUCAAGAAGAAACAGAUGCUGAGGUUUAUUCUGAAGAUGAACAGGAAGAGAAUAUUGAAGCAAGCAUUGAAAAAGAUGACGACCCUGAAAUUGGAAAUAGAAACAAAAGGCAAGAUUCAUCAUCUAACGACUCUGAAGAUAGCGAAACUCAAAGUGAAGAGACCAUUGAUCGAAUCCAAUACGACGAUGAUAGUAAUGAUAAUAACGAUGAUGAUAGUGAUGAACAAUCGAACACAUCAGACUCGGAACAUGGAGUUGAUAAAAGGGAAGUUAAUUUCGAAGUACCUGAAAUCAAUAUUACAUCAACACUGUCUAUACCAAAAAAUGAUUCAAAACUUGAAAAACUUAAAGCAGAACCUAAAACAGACAGCCUUAAAGAAAAAUAUCCAUAUUACUUUAACCGAGUGAAAGGUAUAAAUAAAAAUUCACCUUUGAGAUAUGCUGAAGAUCUCAGAUUGAUACCGAGAAAAUCAAAUGGUGGAACUGAAUUUUAUGACUCGCGGGACGACUUUGAAUGCUCUGAAGUAGAUGAAGAAGUGGAUCCAAUACCUGAAAAACUGAAAAAUGGGGAAAAUCCUACUGACUCAGAAGAUGAGGAUGAUGAAUCUAACGCUAAGAAAAAAUUCGACACAGUCAAAAAGCAACCGCGUCUAAGAGGCCUUGGAGAUAAAAUUGAUUGCUUUAAAGCAAAAUAUUUUGGAGAAAAUCCACUAGAUAGCCCAUUUUUCAAGGAAGACUUAAUAGUAAAUCCUGAACCUAUUAAAGCACCAAAACUUCCAACAUACCAGCUCAAAGGAGAAGAUUCACAAAAAACUAAAUCAAAUGACAUUGCUGAGUUAAGAGACAAAUUAAGAGAGGCUGAAAAUACUAAUGUAUUUAUUCUUGUAGAUAAACUAAGAAACGAUCAGAAAAACUUACAAGAGUCUAUAAAUAAAACAAAGGAUGAUCUAAUAACCAAUUUGUAUACGCCAAACAACAAUACUCAACAAAGGCUUGUGUAUGAUGAUAUUUUAAAAAAUAUUAAAAAUACUGCAUCAAUUCCCUUAAAAACAAUUGCAAGCGGAUUAUUAAAUAGUACCUUAAACGAUACAAAUAAAACUUAUAACUUUUUUAAUAACAAAGAAGCUGUGACUUUGGCCCCCCUUAAAUUAAGAAGAAAAAGGGCAGCACCUUUUGUAUAUGAACCGUAUAAAAUCAUAAGGGAUAGUCAAGUACAAGAUUCAAAGAAAACUACAACAACAAGUAAUAUCAGUCCAUUGAUCAAACAGUUACAGUCAAGUAGAGUAGCUGAAAGGGUUUCUAGAUCAAACAUGGAAGAUAAACAACCAAAAAGAUCUUACGUUGACAUAGGGAGAAAAGAUAGAAGUAGGCCCACUAAAAAUGAAAAUGAAAAUACUGAAGCAAAGUUUGUUGAUGUCAGUGUAGAUCAACGUAGAGGAGAACCAAGGUAUGAAAUUAGACCAACUAAUCACAAAACAGAAUACACACCAGUCGAAAAUAAACGAGCAAUGACAGUUGAUGCAUAUAAUGCACACGCAACUACCGAAAAGAAUAUCAAGGAUACUCAAAGAGUAAAUCGAGGUCGUCAACGUUUCCGAGUUCCACAAACCACUGCAAAACCGAAUCAUGAUGCUGAACCAAAUAUUCGCAAAUCUUCCGAUAUUCAGAAUGCUGCUUCGAAUACUAUAAAAAAAACAAGUUCAGUACCUAACGAAACAAGCAAAUCUAAAGAAGAUUUUGAAGAGGACGAUAACUCUAAAACUACAACCACCACAGUAAAACCUGCAUUUAGAAGAAGAACGAAAAUUGAAAGAAAUUCCCAAAAAAGUACAACAGAAGAACCGGAGCAUACUACGGAAGUGCCACGUCUUAGAUUAGUAACACGAUUCCGCAACUAUAAACCAGCAGAAGAAAAAACAGAAAUGAAAGAAUCUGACACAAAUGAUAAAAAUGACGACACAGUUGUACCUAAAUAUAGAGAAAAGAAGAAGAAAUCGCAUGCUAGUACUAUAGUCACAGAUAUUAAAAAGUAUGGCGAUGAUGACGAAGAUGAUAUGAAUAAAGAAGAAGUGGAUGCAUUAAUUGGAGUUAAGACUAACAUGGAUGAUUAUAUGCCAAUGUAUGAAAAAGAAGAAGAGGAGAACCAAGAACAUCAUCGGUCUAAGAAAAAUGGGAAACAUGAUACCAAGAGAAGUAAACAUGCUGACAGUAAGAAUAAUGAGGAUAGUGAUGAUGAGAAAGGCGAAGCUCACAGCGGUGACGAUUCCGAUAAUUAUGAGGACUACGAUGAGGAUGCUGAAGAUGAGGAUGAUGUAGAAUUUAAUAGAGACGAGGAAGAUGAUGACGACGACGAUGAUGAUGACGAUGAUGACGAUGAUGAUGAAGAAGAUGACGACGAAGGAGAUGACAGUGAAGACCCAAACGCUGCUGCUAAAGAAAUAGAGGAAAAAAUACCACAACUACCUGAAGUUGCUACAACACAUCCAAUUAAACACUCGCUAGCCAGAACAACACCCGCUCCUCCAGUUACUGUUCCAACUCGUGUUCGCCCCACUACACAAGAUACACCUCUUCGAAAUGUUAAGAUUAGCCACAAACCAGUCGUUACGACAAAAAAGAUUGAAAUUCACAAAGAAACACCAGCCAACACAUCAUCUCCACACAUGACGCAGUUUAAGCAAGAUAUUAAGGAAGUUGAAAUCAUUAAAGAAAUACCAGCAGUAUCUAAGAGGAAGCAGCAAAAAUUGAAUCCGGCAUUAGAACUAUAUAAAGUCGAUGGCUUAGCAAAGGCAAUUAAUGAUCUUAGUGACGUGGAAUUAUUCUCUGAUAAAAUAGAUCUGCAGAAUGGUCCUAAACAUGGUGGCAAUUAUCGAAAGGCUACGAAAGAAGAUCUGAGACUACUACGAUUCCCAGCAGUCAAUGUAGAAGCUACAACCCAACCCAAAGAUGCAGAAACAUCACAAAGUAAAAAGAAACAUGUUGAAUUCGAUGAUUAUGUACCUCCAAGUUUACAUGGAGGUAAUCUAAAAGCAAAAAGUGAUAUAGAAUCAACGAGUGAUAGAAGUCGAAGCGGUAAAUUAAUUGAAUUGAGUGAAUUGAGUGAACCUGCAAUACAACCAAUGCACGGUGGUAACCUUAAAUACGAUAAAAACAGGAAGGGUGGCAGAAGGAACCAGAAACUAGUUGAAUUCGAUUAUGCAUCCGAAGAAGAACAUUUGGAUGAGGAUGAUGGUCCCUCGCCUACUCUAAAUGAGAGAAUGCAUGGUGGGAACUACAAAAGUGCGAAAUUAGUUACUCCAAAUGACUUUGAAGAUAUUCAAGUUAAAACCACACCUAAUAAUGCUAGAUUAAAUUCUGCAGUUCUCCUAAACAGCUUUGCUCAAGCCGUCCCAAUACUUACCACGACCCCAGGGUACAUCGUAGAUCCUAGUAAAAGAAUGUACUAUUAUGUCGAUGCUUGAGAAGUAGAGAAACAUAAUUCCCAACCAAUUCAUUUAUUUAACAAAUUGUAAAAAAUAUAGUUUACUACACCUAUUAACUGAUGAAAUGUGGUAUCAAAGUGAUUCAAGCUAUGUUAUAUUAUGUAUAAAACUUAUAUUGAAACUGCUCAAAUGUGCAUUACUUUUUUAUAAUAUUAAUAUUGUACUUAAUACUGAAUUGAGUAACUUCUGAAGAAUAGCAUAUAUCAGUGUAUGUUGUAAUUUUUAUGUAAUGUAAUGGACUGGAGGAAAUUGUCAUUUAAUGUAAGGCUUAUCAUUAUAGUGUUACGAACUACCGAUCGUUGAUUGAUUGUUCAUUACAAAUUGUUACCAAAUUGGCACAUCAAUUGUAAUUUUGUUCUUUUUCUUUAUAUUGCAAUCUUAUUCUAUAUAUUUCAGCUUGCUUUAUAUAAGUAAUUUGUAAUUAAUGUUAUAAUAUAAUAUGCAUUAUAAUUAUAAUAUAAAUAAUAGAAGUGUAAAAGUUGUAGUUAGACAAUUGUCGCGGGUAAAAUAUAAGCAAAACUAAAUUAUUAUUAUAGUUUCGUAAGAUGGCGAUUGGAUAUUUUCGAAAGUAAUUAGUCUAUUGUAAUAGAAAGUGCCACAUUACGUAUCGCGGGACUAGAGUCGAAAGCGAUCAGCUGAGUUAUAAAAAUUUGUAAUAUUAUUAUUCGCUAUUUUUAACUGUGAUAGAUGUAAUUGUUAAUGUUUUCAAAAGAAGGAGGACUUAUUUAUAAACUUUGUUAUUUUUAUAAAUAAAGUAUGCUCUUCUGUGUUUUUUUAAA